GCGUAGCUGGAAAAAAAAAUAGGAAAAAACUCCCGUAUAAUCACACUAUGGGGUCCAAAUCUUUUCCUGCUGCGAUGUCCAUUGAGGCUGAAGGAGAUGAUAAUGAACUUCCCGAUUUUUGUAAAUUCUUCAAAAAAUCACAUACAUUGAAGAAGACAAAAGAGUGGAUCAAACCUACUUGUGCAGUGCUACAUGCGGCGAUGGAAAAAGCGCGAGAUGAGGCAUUGAAGUCUGGAGUCUCGUUGACACAUGAGGAGCUUUCAACAAUGGUGUUGGGAAAAGGAAAGAAUCCUAAAUACCUUAAAGGACUUGGGGUUGGCCCAAUGCCCACUUCCUUAUCUUUCAAAUCACAUCUUGAGUCACGAGCACAUUCAGAGCUGGUAAGUAUCAGAUCUGAAAUGGAGUUACUUCGUGAGGAACAACAGCGAGAGCGAGAGGUGUAUCAACGUGACCGAGAGGAGCGAGAAAGAGAGCGCCAAGAAGAGCGAGAUCGCAUUGCUAGGCUUGAAAGCCUUGUCACAAAAUUCCUGGACACUCGUGGAACUCCUUGAUACGAGAUCAAUCAAGGGAUGCUUUUUGUAAAUGAAGCAAUUUGAAAGAUGAUUUUUGCUUUUGAUGGACAGAUUUUGUAUAUGGAGUAAUUUGGUAGAUGACUUUUUGUCGUGAUGGAAAGACUUUGAUUGACAGAUUUAGUACAUGGAGUAAUUUGGCAGAUGAUUUUUUGUCGUGAUGACUUUGAUGGACAGAUUUAGUAUAUGGAGCAAUCUGGGAGAUGAUUUUUUGUCUGUUAUGGAAAGACUUUGAUGGACAGAUUUUGUAUAUGGAGCAUUGGCAGAUGAUUUUUUCUUGUCAUG